AUAACACGGUCGAUACGAACCCAUUCCCAUUAACCCGCCAUCUUAAUUAAUAUAUUUGGUUUGACCAAACAAGUCAUCUUGGGAAAAGGGGCUUCUACUCAUUAUCCUAGACAAACAUGGCCUUCAGCGGCCAGACCCCGACAAUUAUUGUUCUGAAAGAAGGAACGGAUUCGUCACAAGGAAAGGGUCAAAUACUAUCGAAUAUCAACGCAUGUCUAGCGGUUCAGUCUACGAUCAAAGGGACGCUGGGUCCUUAUGGCGGGGAUGUAUUACUUGUGGAUUCCAAUGGAAAGCAAACGAUCACAAACGAUGGGGCUACAGUGAUGAAGCUCCUCGACAUCGUCCACCCAGCCGCUCGGAUUCUCACCGACAUUGCACGAUCGCAAGAUGCUGAGGUCGGCGACGGCACUACAUCCGUGGUAGUUUUGGCGGGAGAGAUCUUAAAAGAAGUCCGCGAAUUCGUGGAACAGGGUGUGAGCGCACAAACGAUUAUAAAGGGAUUGAGAACAGCCAGUUCGAUUGCGGUCAACAGAAUUAAAGAGAUCUCAGUGGAUAUGAGAGACACCACUGAUGGAGCAACGAUGCAAGUUGAGACUCUGAGACGAUUGGCUGGGACUGCGAUGAAUAGUAAACUAAUUAAGCGCAAUGCGGACUUCUUUACGAAGAUGGUUGUCGAUGCCGUUUUAUCCUUGGAUCAGGAUGAUCUGAACGAGAAACUCAUCGGUAUUAAGAAAGUCACCGGCGGGGCGCUACAAGAUUCUCUGUUUGUUGAUGGUGUAGCGUUCAAGAAGACAUUUUCCUACGCAGGUUUCGAACAGCAACCCAAAUCUUUCAAGAAUCCCAAAAUUGUGUGCCUUAACGUCGAAUUGGAGCUAAAGAGCGAGAAGGAUAAUGCCGAAGUUCGAGUGGAUCAGGUAUCUGAAUAUCAAGCAAUUGUGGACGCCGAAUGGCAGAUCAUUUUCAAUAAACUGGAGGCACUUUACAAGACGGGCGCAAAGGUCGUUCUGAGCAAACUUCCCAUCGGUGAUCUGGCCACUCAAUACUUUGCUGACCGUGACAUUUUCUGCGCGGGGCGAGUCUCCGCCGAGGAUAUGGAGCGCGUUAACCAGGCCACUGGGGCAUCUACACAAUCAACCUGCUCGGACAUCCAGGAGCGCCAUCUUGGAACUUGCGGUGCCUUUGAGGAACGCCAAAUUGGUGGUGAACGGUUUAACAUCUUCUCCGAAUGCCCAGCUGCCAAGACAUGUACAUUAAUUCUUCGUGGUGGCGCUGAGCAAUUCAUCGCAGAAGCGGAACGCAGUUUGCACGAUGCCAUUAUGAUUGUGAAGAGAUCUUUACGCAACACAUCUGUCGUUGCCGGAGGAGGAGCUACGGAAAUGGACGUGUCCGGCUAUUUGCAUUCCUACGCCAAUAAGAGCAAGGCUGUGCCGCACAAACAGCAAGGGGUCGUCAAGGCUUUUGCAAAGGCACUCGAGGUUAUUCCGCGACAGCUGUGCGACAAUGCAGGCUUUGAUGCCACCGAUAUCCUCACUCGCCUUCGCGUCCAGCAUCAGGCAGGCAAUGUGUGGGCAGGUGUCGACUUCGACAACGAGGACGUUCGGGACAAUAUGAAGGCGUUCGUGUGGGAGCCGAGCCUGGUCAAGAUCAAUGCCAUCCAAGCGGCGAUUGAAGCCGCGUGCUUGAUCUUGAGCGUUGACGAGACUAUAAAGAACCAGGAAUCCGCCCAGCCACAAGCUCCAGGUAAGCCGUUGCCGGCAGGAGCAGCUCAGAGGGUUUUGAAGGGCAGAGGACGCGGAAUGCCUCGACGGUAAAUUGGUCAACAGCCCUCUCAACAGCCGACAACGAAGAUCACAGACGGUCUUGGAAGCUCCCCGUCCUGGGAGAUUUUAGAUAGGUCUAAUUUAAUGUAUCUCAAGAAGCAAUAAAGACCAUUCAGUCGU